ACAGCGCGCGGCUCUUGGAGUUAGACGUUUUCACUUUAAUCCGCGUAAAGUCUAUAUCGUAAUAAUGGUUUUGACGCAAGAAUCCAUCCUGUUGCUGCUGAUAGCGGAGGGGGGCAAAGUGAAGAAAUCCGACCUGGUGGGGAAAUUUAAAGGCUCAUUAGACUGCGACGAUCCCGCGGAGAAAGAACGGAACAGGGAGCUUUUCAAGACUUUCGUCAACAACGUCGCCUUCGUCAAAGAAAUCGAUGGUGUCCGGUACGUAGUCGUCAGGAAAACGCAUAAGCAUUUGCUGGAGCCUGAAAAUAAAGAGAUCCCGCUACCAGGUGAGCGGCAGAGCUCACCUGUGCCAGGGGAGAGGACCGGCAGCUCCGAUGAUGCACGCGGGGAGAGAUCAGCUGUUUCUGAGCCCGAUCAAGAGCUGGCAGGUGAAGGUGGAGACAAUCCUACAGAAUUACUUACUCCUAUAGAGCGGGCGUUGCAAAGGAGCAAAUACACGGAUGUUGGAGUUAAAAGAAUGCUGAGUUUUGAGAUCCAAAGGCAGGACAAGCAUGGAGAUAAUAGUGCAAAGAGCAAACCAUAUGCCUUGCCUCUGAGGAUGCCACCCAGCACCACCCAGGUGGAGAUCCGCAAACUGAAAAAGGACCCGGACGACCCACCUGAAAGCCCCGAGCCGGACUCCUUCCGGAGCAAGAGACGGGCCCCUUCAGUGGAGACGAGCAUCGGCGGCUCUCCCCAGCUGAGAGGGUCAGUGAGGAGCACCAAGGAGUCAGAGGAGCCCAAAGAGACGAGGGUCCCCUCCUCGGUCCCCCUGGAGCAGUCAGAGCACGAGUGGCUGGUCAAGUGCGCCGCCGGCCUCUGGAGCCAAGUUUACGGCCUGCUACUGAGAGACAACCAGCUGGCAGAGAAGAGGGACUUCAUGUCGGGGUUCACCGCUCUGCACUGGGCCGCCAAAUGUGGAAACAGUAAAAUGCUUGUGAAGAUUGUCAACGUAUCCAGGCAAGGGGGGGUCGAUAUCGACGUCAACGCCAGAACACACGGUGGAUACACCCCUUUGCACAUCGCGGCCCUGCACGACCAAGAGUACAUCAUGGAAAAGCUGGUGGGGGAUCUCGGGGCCGAUCCGGGCGUCAGGGACAACUACGGGAAGAGGGCCCACCACUAUCUCCACAAAGGCAUUUCUGAGAGGGUGAGAGAGAUGCUGGGUGAACCCAAAGCCCCGGAGGCUCAGGACCGGGCCCUGCACGACAAAGAGGAGCUGGACCUGGUCCCGGACCUCUCCAAGGGCCUGUAUUCAAUAAGCCGCCUCUUCCAGCCCCACGUGACGGGCAACAAGAAGAAGCACAAGCAGAGGCCCGGAUUUUACUCGCUGAGCGAGGAACCCAGCGAGGACCGAGAAGACAGCAGCUUCAGACACAGAGUCUUGUCGGAAGCUUUUAUGUAAACUCAGAGGACUUUCUGGUUCUCGUAUUCAUGAGGAAUGAGCGACCAACCGUCAUGAGUUUGACCGACAUUCCUCUGAUUUACAGGCCUUCUUCAACGACGAGAAAAACUCCAAAAGAAAUCAAUAACUUCUUUCUUGUUUUGUGCUUUAUAUAUUUUCUGACAUUUGUCAGAUGACAUUCUCAUCAGCAAGGAUGACUGGGACAGUUUUGGUGGGACGUGUCACCUGGAUGAGUUGCAGCCUAAGGCAGAGUUUAGAGGUGUAGAAUAAAACAUGACUCAGAGAAUAUUCCAGUGGGUCAUGUGAGUCGUCUCAUUACUCACCGUCUGUGGUCUCUCAAAGGCCUCAUCUUCAGCCUUCAGACAUAAUGUUUCUUUCAUGUUUAAUUACUGAUUGUCAUGAAUUCCUGUUUUUCUAAAUUCAGAAACGCACACAUGACUUGAUUAAAAUGUAUGUUCUCUGUGUCUAUUUUUGAUCAAAAUGGGACGUCGAUCUGUGACAAAGACAUUCUGUUUCUGAAGUAGCAGGGGGAAAAAUGACGACUCGACUGUUUCCAUAUCUGAGUGAGGUCAUCCUCUCGAUUCCCAAAGGCAAAACAUGCACAACUAAAACAAAUUUUAAAAAUGUGCUGAUUUAUGGGUGAUUUAAACCUCUGGAAGCAACAUAAUUAAUAUAAUAUAAUGAAUACAAAUCUGUGCCUCUGAGGAGGAUUUGGAGGACUUCCCUCUUUUUGUCACGGAUUAAUUGUUAAACACCGUGAAGCAAAUAGGAAAAGCAAACAUCCCAAUUAAAUUCCCUGGUGGAAGACAAACAUUGGUUUUGUCUUCCACCAAAAGAGGUGCAGGUGCUCCAUAAAUCCUUUCAGUCCCUUUUGCGUGCCAAAGCCUGCGGCUUGAAUCCAUCCUCUGGCUUGUUGAGACAGCUGGGAUCCAGUCACACGAGCAGCUGACUAGGAGUGAGCGUAUGUUUGCAUGUGGGUGCCUGAAAGUGUGUGUUAAUGUUGCCUUGUUUCCUGUCUGUCAUGGUUCCUGGUCCCUGGUUGACCAGAUAGAAUUAAAGUAAGGUUUUGAAUGUGUCAACAUGGCGUGUUUAGUGGCAGCUUGUUUGAGAGAUUAAAAGAGUUCUGGGUUGAGAAGAAGCUGUGUUAAGAAAUAGUAUAUAUAUAUAUAUAAGCAUCCUGUGGUCAGCCUCGUUCUCAGACUGCUCGCCUUGUCCCCCGCCUCGAGUCGCCUCCCUCCGUUUUCUUUCGUGUCUCAUGAUGUCACUUCCCCAGCAGCUUACAUUGUCUUUACGUCAAGACGAUGUUUCAUCUCAGAGCCUCGGGGUUUUAUGAAGCAAAUGUUCUUUUCUGCUGCUGCUGCUGCUGUGAGGAGAAAGGCCAACACAGGGUCAGGAACAAGACCCGGAGUGGUUGAGAGAAGUGCUCUUUAGUUACAAGCAGCAGAAAUACUAUGAUGUUAGAUGACAGUAUUAAAGGAUACUGUGUGUGUGCAAGGUGGUUGUCAAAAUUAGAAUAUGGAAGUGUGACAAAGUUAAAGGUUAAAUUUCAUUAUGGCGUAAUUGUAUUAAACCACUUCAGACCUUAUUACUUAGAGCCUCUCUGAAUUUGUGGAGGAUUAGAGCUGCCAUUAAGAAAAAUAAAUAAAUGACUAAAAUAAAUUAACAAAUAAACUAUGGAGCUGGAACCAGGGGCAGUUAGCUUAGCUUAUAGCUGGAAACAGCUAGCCUGGCUCUGUCCAAAUGUGACAAAAUGAAUAGCUGCUUCACCUUGUUUCCAGGCUUUAUGCUAAGCUAAGUUAACCGACUGCUGGCUGGAGCUUCAUAUUUUUCCGACAAACAUGAGAAGUGGUGUCAAUCUUCUCCUCUAACUCUAAUAAUCUGUGACUUUUAUUGAUGUCAGCUGAUGUUGAGUAGGAUUUGAUUGAACUUGUCUUCCUCUUUUCUUAAUACUGGAGUGUAAACAAUCCAGUGUAAAUAUGUCAUGGCUGUAUUUGAACAGAUUAACAACACAACAUGAGUUAGGCCUGCCGCCUGGUGAAGAAAGCUCCACACGAUCCUGGGUUUACUCACAUUUCAGUUUUAAUCACUAGGCUACGUGUCAUAAAACCGGAGGCAGUAGAGGAAUAUAAAGGAGUGCCUGGAAUGCAUUGUCAUUAUGAACUAUUAUCCCAUGUGUGUGUGUCAGCUGGUUACAAACGGGUUAGCUUAAUUAGAGCAGCGCUCCGACAGGAACAAUCUACUGUAACGAAGAGGCGAUAAAUCUCGGCAUUAAACCAGCACAGUAUUCUGGCUUGAAAACAAUUAGGGCUUUAAUUAGUCAUAACUGCGCUGUGUAAUGACCGCCUGAGGUUAGAGCUAGAGGAGGAGACUGAAGGUGUGCUGACAUUCCCGCGGGCGGAGAGUUCGGAGUUCAGGUUCAAAAGCGAGAUUUGGAGCCACUAAUCUGAGCACUUGGCAGAAUAAUCACUGAGUCAGGAUGUGAUCUGCACACUUCCAUGUAAAAUCACGGCCAAUUUAACACUUAUUUGGUUGCAUGAAGUGAACACAAUCCCAUUUUGUGACCCUUCAUGGUUUCGAGCACCAUUUUCUGUCUCCUCGCCUCCCUGUAGAGGCAGAAAGACACAGUAAGUGAUUAUCAGCAGCAAAGCUCCUCAUUACCCAGCAGCACUGUACUGCAGUAUUUCAGACCUUCCUGUUUUCUUGUCUGCCGCCGACACCACAAAACGCUCCAUAAGUUACACCCCCUUUGCUGUGACGCAAACACCUAAUUACCAUGCAAUUAGUGUCUGACAAAGACCUUUCUUGUUGAGAAUUUCAUGAGUUGUGUUUUAUGUCCCUGCUGCCUUCAGUGGGAAUCUGAUUCAAAGUGUGUUUUUUAUUUUUAUUUUGUGACGUACCCUAAGUGCUGUCUGGUGUCUCUCUUUGUCUCCAUGGGGGUUCAUCUGCACAUGGGAGAAGUUCGCC